UUAAUCGCUCCACUCUCCAAACGAGAACCCAAAUGCCUCUGACCCGUGCGUCCAUAUCCGCGUCGCUCUUAAAGGAGACACCCUUCCCUAGAAAAUAGGGUGAAGGCAAGGUCUUCAAUCUUAACAGUACGCACGCGUUCAUGUCUUCCUCUCCCGCGCGAGUUCUUGCUCGGUAGCAUUUCUAUGUCAGGAACUCUGAAUUUGCCGGAGGAAUGAUUCCUGCCUUUCUGCGACGUAAUGGCGGCGAGUGACCCGGAAGCGGCUCAGAGACAAACUGAAGAAAUUGAAGCCCUGUCUGCUAUAUAUGGUGAUGAAUGGUGCACCAUUGAUGAAGAUGAGAAAAUAUUCUGCAUUAAGAUUAGUGAUUGUUUGAAACAGCCUAAGUGGACUCUCUGUUUGCAGGUGAUCCUGCCUCCUGAGUAUCCUGCAACAGCACCACCUAUUUAUCAAAUUAAUGCUCCUUGGCUUCUAGGACAGGAGUAUGCAGAACUAGCAAAUUAUUUGGAAGACCUCUAUGUACAGAAUAUUGGUGAAAGCAUCCUUUAUCUAUGGGUGGAGAAGAUACGGGAAUUUUUGAUAGAAAAAUCACAAUCAUCUGAUUCAGUAGGACCAGAUGUUAAAAAAUCCACAGAAGAAACUGAUGUGGAGUAUGAAGAUGAUUUUUCACUGGAGUAUUCCCUCCGGGAAUGUGCAGAUGUAACUCUGAAUUUUGAUCUGUCAGAAAGCCAGGAAGAUGAAGAGUUGCCUCCAAUCUGUCAUGGAAACCCAAUUACAGACCGAAGAAGCACUUUCCAGGCACAUUUAGCACCUGUUGUGAGCCCCAAACAGGUAAAAAAUGUUCUUGCUGAGUUGUACGAGAAUAAGAAAAUAGCCAGUGCUACUCACAAUAUAUAUGCAUACAGGAUAUACUGUGAAGACAAGCAUACUUUCUUACAGGAUUGUGAAGAUGACGGUGAGACAGCCGCAGGUGGACGACUUCUGCAUCUCAUGCAUAUCCUGAAUGCCUGCAAUGUUUUGGUUGUGGUAUCUCGGUGGUAUGGUGGUAUCCUGCUAGGACCAGAUCGUUUUAAACAUAUCAACAAUUGUGCCAGAAGUAUACUUGUGGAGCAGAACUACACUAAUUCACCUGAAAAUUCAUCUAAGCAGCUGGGGAAGAACAAAAGAAUAAGAAAAGACAAGAAGAAAAUGUAACAUUAAUUCAGUUUGCAAAAUAGCCAUGAUGUAUUUUUCUCCUAUAUGUAUGCAAUUAAACACCAGUCAUCCAGAUACUGAAAAGAGCAUCUCAAAGACAUGGAAACAUUUCGCAGUAACAAUAAAUAUUUCAUAGUAAGAGAAUUCAACAGCAGCCCUAGAAAACCUUUUCCGUUUGUUCAGUGCCUCAACUGCUCAGGAGCUAAAGUUUUUAAACAAAUGGGGUUCCUUAUGUAUUCAGUUACUUAAUUUGUUAAGAAUAAUUAAAUGAAGAAAGUCAUUGUU